AUGACCGCUCUCUAUGAGUAUGGAUCUCUAGUGAUUGUUGUCCCCAUCCACCACACCGCCAACAUGAAGGGAUUCACAAAGGUCCUCCAGAGGACACCCCACAAUCUCACAAGCAGGAUGGGCAUGUCCAAGAAAUCGAGCGAUGCUGAAUUCGACGAAUUAGACAGAAAGUUUACCGCUGUAGAGACGGCGUGUGCGAAAAUGCACAAGGACUCGGUCACCUUCCGAGACGCUGUAUCCGGCCUAUUGACGUCCGGGUCUAGCUUCUCUGGCUCUCUAGCAACCCUCUUUUCUCCCUUGGGAGCCGAGUACAACCUGGCUGGCAAGCAUCCCCAAGCCGAGACCACAGUCGAAAACAUCUCCACCUACCAGGGUCUGAUGGAAGAAGUGCGAGAGACGCUCGUCCCCGAAUUGGAGUUGAUCGAAUCUCGAAUCGUCAACCCCUGCAAGGAACUUGUUGAGAUUUGUAAAAAGAUCCGCAAGUCAAUUGUCAAGCGAGAACACAAGCUGGUCGACUAUGAUCGCCACAACAACAGCUUGAACAAGCUCAGGGAGAAGAAGGAGAAGAGCUUGAGCGACGAGAAGAACUUGUUCAAGGUCGAGCAAGAUUAUGAAAUCGCGAGCGGAGAGUAUGAGCAUUACAACAACUUGCUCAAGACCGAGCUGCCGCAAUUCCUUGCGAUGGCUACCAGAUUCAUCGACCCUCUCUUCCAUUCGUUCUACUACAUGCAGCUGAACGUCUACUACAUUAUGAUGGAGAAGCUCCAAUCGUUUGCCGACGGCAAGUACGACUUGACCAGAAAGGACAUUGAAAAUAUCUACCUCGAGCAGCGCGGCGACGCCGCGGACCGUAUUGAAGAGUUGCAGAUCACCAAGAGGAUCAUUUCCACUGCCAAGCUCGUUCAGCAACACCGAAGUGCUUCUGGCAGCAGUAGCACCAUCGGCCGCACCAGUUCCAUCGCCUCUCGCACCCCUACCACCCAUGCGCUCGACCGCAAAGACUCUCCCGAUACCUAUGCUUCUGAGAAGCGUCUUCCUCCCCCUUCUGCCUCCGCUGCCGUUGCUGCCCCUCCUCCCUAUACUGCUGGUGGCGCCGCUGUCGGCAAAAAGGCCCCGCCUCCCCCGCCUCCUCUCAAGCCCAAGCCCAGCUAUAACGCUGUCAAGUAUGCGACCGCGAUAUUUGAUUAUGAGGCGCAGGCAGAUGGAGAUCUCUCUUUCAACGCAGGAGAUAGGAUUGAGAUUGUAGAGAGGACAGAUAGUUCGGAGGACUGGUGGACGGGAAGGCUCGAUGGCAGGCAGGGUGUGUUCCCCGGCAACUAUACGCAGGUUGACUAG